CUACACCCCUCUCUCUUUCUCUCUCGCCGCCCUUCUUCUCCUUCUCGCAGCCACGCCACACCGUCUUUCUCUUUCUCUCUCUCUCGCCACACCCUCCUCCCUUCUCCAUGACGGCGGCGCGUUGAACAGAGGCAUUGCACAGUUGACGGUGUCGGCGUAUUUUCUCUUCUCCAUUUCUCUCGAAACUUGGCAUUUGGCAACGACAUCUCCACCUCGGCGGCGACAUCUCUUUCAGAGUCUUUGAGUCCACAUAUGUAGGCAGGAGAUCAAUUGUUAAGGGCCGGUUUCCAAAGAAGUACAGACAUCCGUCUUUGGACUCGAAGCUUACUCUUAAGCUUGAAUGCGGAGGCUAGAUGUAUGACGAAAGCCAGACGACUAGGCGUUGCUACCUAGUGCUUUAUGCUGUUGAUCCCAUAUUGCAUUCUGUGACUUGAAACUUGAAAGGGGAAAGCUACUUGGAUUGCCUACCUGUGCAGCAUGCAAUUACCCAAGUUCUUUAGCACUCUUCUCGUCUCAUGAACAAGGCCACUAAAAUUCCUCACUGAAACAUCGAUGGCCUAUGUAUCAAAAGCUGCAGUUGCCCAUUGUCAAGCAAUCAAAUCAGCGCAAAUUAGAUGCACCUACACAGCCAAUAACCUGAUUAAUGCAUACACAAGAUGCCGAGAUUUUGCAGCUGCUCUCAAGCUGUUCGACGAAAUGCCCAAUAGAGACACUGCUUCUUGGAACACUGUGAUUGCAGGCUACGUAAACUCUCGGAAUUUCCAGAGUGCAUGGGAUUUCUUGAAAUCCAUGAAGCAGCAUGGUUUUCUGUUUGACGGCUACACCUUUGGGAGCAUACUUAAAGGUGCUGCCACUAAUGGUUUCCUGUCUUUUGGGCAACUGGUGCAUUCGGAUAUUGUUAAGAUGGGGUAUGAUGCUAAUGUUUAUUCUGCGAGUGCUCUGGUAGAUAUGUACACCAAGUGUGGCAGAAUGGAGGAUGCAAAUAAAGUUUUCUGUCAUAUGCCUGAGCGUAACACUGUUUCGUGGAAUGCUUUAAUAGCUGGAUAUGCAGAGAUUGGUGACUGCAGGAGUUGUGUUCGGUUGCUGGAAGAAAUGGAGAGAGAAUGUGUGCUAUUGGAUGAUGGCACAUUCUGUCCUCUUUUGACAUUGCUAGAUGAUCAGGAGUUUUUCGGGCUUGCAAUGCAGCUUCAUGCGAAAAUUCUAAAAUGUGGAUUGGAUUUUGAAAACAUGGUAUGUAAUGCUCUAAUCAGUGCAUACUCAAACUGUGGAAGCAUUGAGGGUGCGGAAAAGGUGUUUGAUGGUUCUGACAGUUGUCGAGAUUUGAUCACUUGGAAUUCAAUGUUAGCAGCUUACAUAGAAUAUGAUCAAGGGAUGGAGGCCUUCCGACUAUUCUUGGAUAUGGAAAGGCUCGGUUUGGAGCCAGAUAUAUAUACUUUUACUAGCAUAAUAAGUGCUUGUUAUGAAAUUACUGAAAAAAGGCAGGGAAAAUGUUUGCAUGCUUUGGUCAUUAAGAGGGGAUUGGAAAAUGUAACAAGCAUAGCUAAUGCGUUAAUUUCCAUGUACCUCAAAUCCAAUGGCGGUUGCAUGGGCGAUGCAAUGAGCGUUUUUGAAUUCUUGGACGUGAAAGAUUCUAUUUCUUGGAAUACAAUUUUAACAGGAUUGUCUCAAAAUGCUUUGAGUGAAAAUUCCUUCAAGAUUUUUGAGGAAAUGAGGUCCCAACAACUAGAGAUGGAUCAUUAUGCCUUUGCUGCUGUCCUUCGAUCUUGCUCAGAUUUGGCAUCAUUUCGGCUGGGUCAACAAACUCAUGCCUUGACACUGAAGACAGGAGUCAAUGUAUACGAAUAUGUGACCAGUGCUUUGAUAUUUAUGUAUUCCAAGUGUGGACACAUAGAAGAUGCUUGGAAGUCCUUCGAGGAAUCACCCAAAGAGACUUCAAUCUCUUGGAACUCAAUCAUGUUUGCACACGCGCAACAUGGGCUGGGCGAAGUUGCACUCGAUCUAUUCUCCUCGAUGACAAAGAGGAAAGUGAAUCCAGAUCACGUCACCUUUGUUGCUGUUUUGACUGCGUGCAGCCACAUUGGUCUGGUAGACGAAGGUCGCAGAUUUCUCAAUUCUAUGGAAGCUGAUUACGGAAUCCCGCCAAGAAUGGAACAUUAUGCUUGUGCAAUCGAUCUAUUUGGUCGGGCUGGGCAUCUGGAGGAGGCAAAGGAGCUGAUUCGCGGGAUGCCAUUCCAACCAGACUCAAUGGUGUGGAAAACCCUACUUGGCGCCUGUCGAAUGUGCGGUGAUCUUGAACUAGCCGGUGAGGUAGCACAUCAUUUACUAGAAUUGGAGCCUGGUGAGCACUGCACAUAUGUGUUGCUUACAGACAUGUUUGGAAAACUAAAGCUUUGGAAUGAAAUAGCUGGUGUAAAGAGGUUGAUGAGGGAGAGGGGAGUGAAGAAGAUUCCUGGUUUGAGUUGGAUAGAGGUUAAAAAUGAGGUGCAUGCUUUUAAUGCAGAAGACCAUUCACACCCUCAAUGUGUGCAAAUUUAUGAAUUGUUGACAACAUUAAUGUAUGAAAUCAAAUUAUUUGAAAAUGGUAAUGAGUUUGGUUGGUGCAUAGAAAUGUGCUGAUGAAGUAAGG